CGUUUCACUUCAGCUGUCAGUUUUGUCAGUCACUUAAAAAAAAAUAAGUGCCAGUCAUCACCUGUUAAAUCUUAACAAUUUUAUCGUCAAAAAAUAAAAUGGGUACAAUUAAGGUAAUAAAUGACGAAAACCACUUCCAAACCGAACUAUCUAAUGCCUCUACCCGACUCGUUGUGGCUGAUUUUACCGCCAGUUGGUGCGGCCCCUGCCAAAGGAUCGCGCCUAUAUUCCAACAGUUAUCCACGAAAUAUGCAAAAGCGGUAUUUUUAAAAAUAGACGUAGAUAAAUGUCAGGAGACUGCAGCGAUGCAGGGAGUGUCAGCAAUGCCUACUUUCAUCUUUUAUCGAAACAAAGCGAAAGUGGAUACGCUGAGAGGGGCUGAUCCCACAGCUUUGGAGAAUAAAAUUCAGCAAUAUUAUGGGUCCGAGGAGGGUGAAGAGGCGGAAGCUGUUUCUGGUCAUAUGGAUCUUCAGCCGUUUAUUACAAAGGCGCAGUGUGAAUGUCUAAACGAAAGUGAUGAUCACUCAUUAGAGCAUUGCCUUAAUUCAGGGGGUGGAUAUUUACAGUCAGAUUGUGAUGAGCAGCUCAUUAUUUCCAUUGCAUUUAAUCAAGCUGUGAAAAUUCACAGUCUGAAAAUUAAAGCUCCCUCAGAUAAAGGGCCUAAAACUGUUAGAAUAUUUAUCAAUCAACCAAGAACUUUGGAUUUUGAUCUUGCAGAUAGCUAUACGAGUGUGCAAGAUUUAGAAUUUACAGCAGAGGAGUUGGAAGGCAAUCCAGUUAAUCUUCGUUAUGUUAAGUUUCAAAAUGUUCAGAAUAUACAAUUCUUCAUUAAGGACAACCAGUCGGGCAGUGAAGUGACUCAGAUUGACCAUUUAGCAAUAAUAGGAUCUCCAAUCAGUACCACAAAUAUGGGCGAUUUUAAGCGGGUCGCUGGCAAGAAGGGAGAAAGUCAUUAAGAAACGCAAUUAUUUAAAUUCCUUAGAUAUUUUACAGUUUAAUUACAAAAUGCAUCAUGCUAUACAUAAAACUUAAAUAUAAAGUUGAUUCUUAUCAA